AUGGGUCCUACAAGUGCCAUGGACUCGUUGCCCAACGAGAUUCUGAACGACAUCCUCGACCUGCUUCCAACUCGCGCUCUUCUUCCUCUCAUUCGCGUGAACAGCCAUUUCUACUCGGUCGCUUUGCACAUCCUCCACCAGCGCCUUUUGCAGGCCGCUGCCCUCCCAGAACACCGCCUCAUUCUCGAAUGCUACCACCCAAGCGCGAAGCUCUCGACCCCAUACCUCUACUGCGAUUACCUCCGCACAGAUAAAAUCGGCGCUGGCCCCAAUGGCGACAAGGAAGCCCACGGGCCCGAACCCGAGCCGACUCUUGCCGGAUUGAAGGGGCUAUACUCGCACUUCAGACCCGUCGUUCAGGAGGAGAAUCGCCGACCAAGGCUACGCUAUCCAAGACGUUCGCAGCAGCAGCAGCAAGCCAGCAACAACAAUGGAGCGCCGUCCACAGAAGAGGUCGAGGACCACCGACCGUCCGAGGAGGUCUUUCUCGACGAAGGCGAGCUUUUCUCUCAACUCUGCUGCACAACGAACUUGGUCAAAGUCGGACCGAAGCCCGGCUUUUUCCUCAGCAACGUCAACGUAAGCGACGGCGUCAUGCGUGUCUGGCGCAGCUGGCUAUGCGAUCAGACCAAAACCCCGACGUCAUCAGUAUCGUCAUCAGCGUCUUCAUCCACCACAGAUCUGCACGGUGGUGCCAAGCGAGAAGCAGCAACACCAGCAGCAGUAGCAGGGAAGGCACUUGAAUCGCCCGAAGAAAGAGCUGCCAGGCUAGCAAAAGCCAAAGCGGCCCGCGCCGUUCUCUGGGCCGACCCCGAGCGGAACGUUGGCGUCCGCUUCCGCGUCGUGGAGAAGCCGACGGACGACUACGUCAAUAACCGCCACUACCGGCGCGAGCAGCCGCUGCUUGUGCCGGCCGACGAGGCGUACGAUGAAGAUGAGCGACCGGUUGCCUACCAGCUCGAAUUUGACGAGGUGCUGGUGAGGUCGAGCAGGCUGCUCUUUAUGAUGCAGAAGAGCGAGGAAAUUAGCGAGGGUGCGGGUGGGAACCAUGAAGCGGUCUUCAUUGACCCAGCCGGCCCAGUCCCAGUUCCAGUCCAGAUGAUCUUCUGGCCUUCGAUGCUCAUUGGCGGGGACUCUAAUACCUUCCAUUGGAACCACAUGAGCGCUCGGGAGAUGACUGGUCGGGCAUAA